CUCUCUCCCUCUCUCUAAAAGUCUCCUAUGGCAGCCAAAUUCUUCUCAAAUUCAACAACCGGAAUCUUACCCGAAAUCCAUAUACAAAGAAUAGUUUAAUCCUAGUGAUAAUGGGAUCGCCUUGUGAAUUCCUCUAUAUCUUUAUAUCAAUUUCUUCCGAUUUCUUGUGAAACUGAGUUACAUUUUUGUGGGCAAAAAUGUUGGAUUCAUUGAGAUUCAACCCUAUCAAGUUGAACAUAUUCUCGAUUAUAACUUUUGCUUUGAUCAUCCUAGUUAUUAUUUCCACCGACAGUUUGUUUUCUGAUAAUCUUUCAGUCCACUCUGUUGCUGAUGUAAACAGAAGCAAUCAUCACGAGUUGCAGACUCACAAAAUAUCGGAACCUUUGAAAUCAACUUCAUCAGAUGAUCAAGUAUGGAUUAAAAUCACUGAAAAGAUUACUGAUGAAAAAGGGAGAAUUCAAGAAUUGAAAGUGUUUGAAUCUACGAAUCCGACACCAAAAUUUGAUUCUAGAAUUGGGAAUUUUUUUGGCAGAUAUCAGUGCAAGGUCCAGUUCUUCAUGACAUGGAUUUCUCCAGCAAAAUCGUUUGGAACUAGGGAAUUUUUCAUUAUAGAGAGCUUGUUCAAAACAAAUCCCUCGGGAUGUUUGAUUAUCCUCUCGAAUUCUAUGGAUUCUAGAUAUGGAUAUAGGAUUUUGAAACCUCUGAUUGAACGUGGCUAUAGAGUUCAAGCAAUCACGCCCAACUUGUAUUCCUUAUUCAACAACACCCCAUCAGAAAUAUGGUUGAAUGAUAUCAAAAAUGGAAAAAGGGACCCCGGGGAAAUUCCCCUGGCACAGAAUUUAUCCAACCUGAUUAGGCUAGCAGUUCUAUACAAGUAUGGAGGAGUUUAUUUGGACACGGAUUUCAUCGUACUGAAGGAUUUUUCAAGUUUAAGGAAUUCAAUUGGAGCACAGAGUAUUGAUCUCAAUGGAAAUUGGACAAGAUUGAAUAACGCAGUUCUUGUGUUUGAUAAGAAGCAUCCACUUCUGUACAUGUUCAUGGAGGAAUUUGCUUUAACUUUUGAUGGGAAUAGAUGGGGACACAAUGGACCAUAUUUGGUGUCAAGAGUGGUUGAUAGGCUGGAAAAACCACAAGAUUUUAACUUUACUAUUUUUCCUCCAAUGGCCUUCUAUCCGGUGGAUUGGACUCGGGUGGCCAGAUUUUUUGCCCGGCCUAAUGACCAGAAUGACAAGAAAUGGGUGGAAGUCAAGCUGCGGCAGCUCAAGAGGGAGGCCUAUGGGGUACAUUUAUGGAAUAGACAGAGUAGUAGAAUCAAGAUUGAAGAGGGAAGCAUUAUAGAUAGAUUGAUAUCUGAUCAAUGCAUCGUGUGCAGACAUUCGAACAGCUCUUGAACACACGGGAUACUGAACUUGUUAGGUACAACACUGUACAGUCCUAAUAUUCAAGCAAUAAUCUUAAUCCGCGAAGCCUUUUAAGGUGGAGAUUUUGAGAAUUCUUUCAUGUUCAAAUUUCAAUCCUUGGUGCAGAUAAGGUCCUGACUGUAGGACUAGGAACAUCUUUCCAUGAUUAUUUUUUAUGCAUUUUAGUGUUUAUUUUUUAUUCUGUAUAAAAGAAAAUAUUUCUGUUUUAUACUAUUUAACCAUUUCUUCA